UUUCUCUCUCACAGGUCUGGAGGCCAAAGUAGUUGCUGGCAGGGCUGUAUUCCCUCUGGAUGCUCAAGGGGAGAACCCUAAAGGGGACCUCUGGCCACUGCCAGCUAAGCAGAUGGACAACAGGAAAUGCCAGCCUUUCUGAUGUUUUGAGAGAAUCUGGAAAUCUGCUCAUUUACGUGGAACCCUCUGAUUCUUAAGUCGGAGCAACUAAUUCAAGCUUUUAAAACCCCCUGAGUGAAAUCACUAAGUUGAUGUGUUAGGGGACCCCAGCCUCCAUCCCCCAACAAAGAUGAUUAAUUAAACAGCUAUCCAUGAACAAAAACAACUCUAGGAGAGCUCAGGAGUCCACUUAAGAAACUUCAGUAACACAGUGGAACAAAAAACUUGAGAAUAACUACACAAGAAGAGAGGGAAGACAGCUUCAUUCUUCCUGCAUCAUCCUGUCAUCCCCAGCAAGAAAGAGUUUCCCUCACUGGGAAAGGGAGAGUGGGGUGAGUGACCAGUUUCCCUAGCCUCUUUGGGCACCGCACAAAGGACCCACUUUGGUUUCACCCCACCCAGAGACCAGCAAAGGUGAGAUGAAUAGAAACAGCUAGGAACAAGGAAGAAGGACAGGGGCUCCCACCAGCCAUGUAGUGGGAGCGACCAUGGUUCUUUGUGGCCUGCUCUGCAGAGGACCCCAGCAGCUUUCACUACUGAAGAAACCAAUGGCCAGCACAGCUGCUGCAAACCUCCUGCAGAUUUUAGAGCUGAGGUUUUGCUCUACAGGUUUUUGCAUUCAUAGACACCAGGCACCUGAGCCCUCUUGCUUCCUCCAUCCCCACCCCGUCCUCAACAAGGAUCUGCACGGGCAACUGGCCCAGGCCUCUGCAGCUGCAUAAGUGCAAAACGCCAGACUAGACCACUAUGGUUGACCCCUACCACUGUGCAUACACUCAGGACUAGCCUCCAGCUGUGCACAUGUGUGCCAUCAACCUGAUUCCCAUCACCAGCCUCCACUGCCAUGUGUGCCCCCAUGGUGAGACCCUGCAGCCCUAAGAGUGCACAUCAACAGCCAGGGCUCAGGUAGCUGCUAGUGUGCCCACAGUUGACACUUGUCCUUCCUGCUGGCCCUGACCCUUGUCAUGAGUGUGUCUGCAACUGGACACUGCUACUACCCAGGCACCUGCAGCUGGCCCCUGAAGCUGUGUAUGUGCAUACCACUGGUUCUAGCCACCACCACUGCAUAACUUGGUCCCUAGCUGCUGGACCUGGAGGCCCCACUGAAGACCUCGAGAGUCCUUGCAGCCAUUGUGGACUCCCUGCAGCAGUUGUCACCAAGGACCACACAACUGUUGAUGUCAUGGAUCUAGCAGCCUGAGCCAAUGAGACAUCACCUCUCCUCUGGACCCAAAGCCACCAUACUCCCCACACUUGGUGCUCUGCAUCACUAGAUCCAGUGUGCCCCCCACCCCACUGCAGGUGAAGGUCUUUCUUACUGAAGUCAGUCCAUAAAAUCUGGAAAUGUGCAGAAAGCUAUGCAAGGCACAGAGAUUUUGAAGAAUUGGGGAAACAUCACAUCAUCAAAGGAACACAGUAAAUUUCCAGCAACUGACCCACAAAAAAUGAGAUACAUGAAUUGCCUGACAAAAAAAUCAAAAUUAUUGUUCUAAAGAUGCUCAGAAAGCUACAGGAUAACACAGAUAAACAAUUUAAUGAAAUCAGGAAAACAAUACAAGAACAAAAUGAAAAUUUCAACAAAGAAAUAUAAAACAUAAAAAGAACCAAACAAAAUUUUGGAGCUGAAGAAUUCAAUGGCUGAAAAAUUCAAUAGAGAGAAUCAACACCAGCUGGACCAAGCAGAAGAGAAAAUCAGUGAACUAGAAGACAGAUCAUUUGAAAUUAUCUAAUCAGUGGAGCAGGAAGAAAAAAGAAUUAAAAGGAAUGAGGAAACCUAUGGGGCUCAUUAAGAGAAACAAUCUAUGCAUUAUUGAAGCCCAAGAAGGAAAAUAGGGGGAGAAAGUGGCAGAGGGUUUAUUUAAAGAAACAGUAGCUGAGAACUUCCCAAACCUUGGAGAGAGAUUUAGACAUCUAAGUUCAUGAAGCUACUAGGUCACCCCAAAAUGAUCUUCUCCAAGACACAUUAUAAUAAACUAUCUAAAAGCAAAGACAAAGAGAUCAUUUUAAAAGCAGCAAGAGAAAAAAUUUCUGUCAUACAAGAGAAUCCCAAUAAGGCCAUGAGUGGAUUUCUCAGCAGAAACCUUGCAGGCCAGGAGAGAGUAGAAUGAUAUAUUCAAAGUGCUGAAAGGAAAAACUACCAACAAAGAAUGCUUUACUUGGCAAAGUGUCUUUCAGAAAUGAAGGCAAGAUAAAGACUUUCCCACACAAACAAAAAGAGAGCUCAUUACUACUAGAUCUACCUUAUGAGAUAUGCUGAAAGGAGUUCUUUAAGCUGAAGCAAAAUGACACUAAUUAGUAAUAUGAAAACACGUGAAUAUAUAUAACACACUGGUAAAGGCUGGCCUGAUCCGUAUGGAGGAGGAGGAGUUCUUUAUCGAGCCCCUGGAGAAGGGUCUGGCGGCAAAUGAGACUGAGCAGGGCCGUGUGCAUGUGGUGUAUCGCCGGCCGCCCAGCUCCAGACCCCCUCCUCUGGGGGGGCCACAGGCCCUGGACACAGGGAUCUUCCCGGGCAGCCUGGACAGCUUCAGCCGUGCCCUGGGCAUCCUGGAGGAGCGAGUCAACAGCUCCAGGCAGAGGGUGCGCAGACAUGCUGCCGACGACGACUACAACAUCGAGGUCCUGCUGGGGGCGGAUGACUCUGUGGUCCAGUUCCACGGGAAGGAGCAUGUGCAGAAGUACCUGCUCACCCUCAUGAACAUUGUCAAUGAAAUUUAUCACGAUGAGUCCUUGGGGGCCCACAUCAAUGUCGUCCUGGUGCGGAUAAUCCUGCUGAGCUACGGGAAGUCCCUGAGCCUCAUUGAGAUUGGGAACCCCUCUCAGAGUCUGGAGAACGUUUGCCGCUGGGCCUACCUCCAGCAGAAGCCAGACUCCGGCCACGAUGAGUACCAUGAUCAUGCCAUAUUCCUCACACGGCAGGACUUCGGGCCUUCAGGCAUGCAAGGCUAUGCUCCUGUCACUGGGAUGUGCCACCCCGUCCGCAGCUGCACCCUGAACCAUGAGGACGGCUUCUCCUCAGCGUUCGUGGUGGCCCAUGAGACUGGCCACGUGCUGGGCAUGGAGCAUGAUGGGCAGGGCAACCGCUGCGGUGAUGAGGUGCGGUUGGGCAGCAUCAUGGCGCCCCUGGUGCAGGCAGCCUUCCAUCGCUUCCACUGGUCCCGCUGCAGCCAGCAGGAGCUGAGCCGCUACCUGCACUCCUAUGACUGCCUGCGGGAUGACCCCUUCACCCACGACUGGCCAGCGCUGCCCCAGCUCCCGGGGCUGCACUACUCCAUGAACGAACAGUGCCGCUUUGACUUCGGCCUUGGCUACAUGAUGUGUACCGCGUUCCGGACCUUUGACCCUUGCAAGCAGCUGUGGUGCAGCCACCCUGACAACCCUUACUUUUGCAAGACGAAGAAGGGGCCUCCCCUGGAUGGGACCAUGUGUGCACCUGGCAAGCACUGCUUUAAAGGACACUGCAUCUGGCUGACACCUGACAUCCUCAAGCGAGAUGGCAACUGGGGCGCCUGGAGUCCCUUCGGCUCCUGCUCACGUACCUGCGGCACAGGUGUGAAGUUCAGGACCCGUCAGUGCGACAACCCACACCCAGCCAAUGGGGGCCGCACCUGCUCAGGCCUUGCCUACGAUUUCCAGCUCUGCAACUCCCAGGACUGCCCUGACGCCCUGGCUGACUUCCGUGAGGAGCAGUGCCGGCAAUGGGACCUAUACUUCGAGCAUGGUGACGCCCAGCACCACUGGCUGCCCCACGAGCACCGGGAUGCCAAAGAGAGAUGCCACCUCUACUGUGAGUCCAAGGAGACUGGGGAGGUGGUGUCCAUGAAGCGCAUGGUGCAUGAUGGGACGCGCUGUUCUUACAAGGAUGCCUUCAGCCUCUGCGUGCGCGGGGACUGCAGGAAGGUGGGCUGCGACGGGGUGAUCGGCUCCAGCAAGCAGGAGGACAAGUGUGGUGUGUGUGGAGGGGACAACUCCCACUGCAAGGUGGUCAAGGGCACAUUCACACGCUCGCCCAAGAAGCUCGGUUACAUCAAGAUGUUUGAGAUCCCGGCAGGAGCCAGACACCUGCUUAUCCAGGAGGUGGACACCACCAGCCACCACCUGGCCGUCAAGAACCUGGAGACAGGCAAGUUCAUUUUAAAUGAAGAGAAUGACGUGGAUCCCAACUCCAAAACCUUCAUUGCCAUGGGUGUGGAGUGGGAGUACCGGGAUGAGGAUGGCCGGGAGACGCUGCAGACCAUGGGCCCCCUCCAUGGGACCAUCACUGUGCUGGUCAUCCCGCAGGGGGACGCCCGCAUCUCGCUGACCUACAAAUACAUGAUCCAUGAGGACUCGCUCAAUGUGGAUGGCAACAAUGUCCUGGAGGACAAUUCCGUGGGCUACGAGUGGGCUCUGAAGAAGUGGUCUCCCUGCUCCAAGCCCUGCGGUGGAGGGUCCCAGUUCACCAAGUAUGGCUGCCGCCGGAGGCUGGACCACAAGAUGGUGCACCGAGGCUUCUGCGAUUCCCUCUCGAAGCCUAAAGCCAUCCGCCGGGCUUGCAACCCACAGGAGUGCUCCCAGCCCGUGUGGGUCACGGGCGAGUGGGAGGCAUGCAGUCAGAGCUGUGGGCGGACGGGCAUGCAGGUUCGCUCCGUGCGCUGCGUUCAGCCGCUGCACAACAACACCACCCGCUCCGUGCACACCAAGCACUGCAAUGACGCCCGACCCGAGGGCCGCCGGGCCUGCAACCGUGAGCUCUGUCCUGGUCGGUGGCGGACCGGACCCUGGUCCCAGUGUUCGGUAACCUGUGGCAACGGCACCCAGGAACGGCCGGUGCUCUGCCGAACCAUGGACGACAGCUUCGGUGUCUGCCGGGAGGAGCGGCCUGAGACGGCCAGGAUCUGCAGGCUUGGCCCCUGUCCCCGAAACGUCUCCGAUCCCUCCAAGAAGAGCUACGUAGUUCAAUGGCUGUCCCGACCAGACCCCAACUCACCAGUCCAGAAGACCUCGUCAAAGGGCCGCUGCCAAGGUGACAAGUCAAUGUUCUGUAGGAUGGAAGUCUUGUCUCGCUAUUGCUCCAUCCCAGGCUACAAUAAGCUGUGCUGCAAAUCCUGUAACCUGCAAGACAACCUCACCAAUGUGGACGACAGGGCAGAACCACCCUCUGGGAAGCACAAUGACAUUGAAGAGCUCAUGCCCACCCUCCCAGUGCCCACUCUAGUCAUGGAGGUGCAGCCUCCGCCAGGCACACCCCUGGAGGUGCCUCUCAAUACUUCCAGCACCAGUGCCACCGAGGACCAUCCGGAAACCAAUGCUGUGGAUGUGCCCUACAAAAUCCAGGGCCUGGAGGAUGAAGUCCAGCCACCCAACCUAAUCCCUCGACGACCGAGCCCAUACGAAAAGACCAGGAACCAAAGAAUCCAAGAGCUCAUUGAUGAGAUGAGGAAGAAGGAGAUGCUCGGAAAGUUCUAAUAAAAUGGAAAGAUAGCAUCAAUAGCAUUUUUUUUUCUUGCUUAUAGAGAUAUUCCAUGGGAUGGCAACUCCUGUGUUGUGGAGAUGAAGUCAGAUUCCUGAUUUCAAAAGGUUUGGGGAAAACAAAGAGGGAGAAUAAUGUAAAAAGAAAAAAAAAAAAAAUAUAUAUAUAUAUAUGUCCUGUACUGAGGUGGAGUGUGGGUUGGAGAGGAAUAUAGAGGUUCUACAACCCCCAUUGAUGAGGGAAGGCAGGAGGGAUAACUCGGAGAGAGAAAACGUUUGCCCCAAGUUUCUGAGCAAGUGAUUGGGAAUCUUCUUUUCCUUGUGGUGACAACCUUGCUGGAGACACAGGACAUUUCCUGCCAAUCUGCAGACUGAGACACAAGCCCCAUGGGACUCUUGGGAGAAACGAUGAUUUAUUUACUAAGUGACCAGUCACUAAGAUGAGUGCGGUGAAGUGGAGGCCAUGAACUCCAGUCUUCGAGGUGGUGAGGCAGGUGAUGAAGAUGAGUGUGGUGGCCAGCUGGCACUCCCAGGCUCUCCCAGGCCUCUUUUAGCUUCACUAACCCUGGCCUUGCUUGUCGCCUCUGGCCAGCCUGGCCUCAGACCCGGGGCUCCCCAGAGAGGCUCUCCCCUUCCCCAAGUGCACUGGAAGGAUGAGGGAGGCAUGCACUCUGCUGGAAAGUCCAGUGAGUGGGCAAGGCUCACUUUUUUGUGUGUGUGAACAUGCAGCUUAAACUUCCCAAAAUUACAAGACCCAAGCCCAUUAGCUCCUUAGCUGGGCCUAGCCUGCCAUGUAAUUCUUAAGCUUUUCAUGUCCAGGAAAGUUCUAAAGCCUUUGUAUUCUCACCAGUCAUAGAUCUUAGAGAACUCUUUCUUAUUUCAUUCCCCAUUCUGUGGAUGAGAAUACUGGGCUCACAAUAGGUGCUAAAACCCUUUAUCGGAACCUGUGCAUGUGUGUGUGUGUGAACCUCUGCAAGAGGUCCAAGGGACAGAGUAAGGGGGUAAGAAACAGUGAAGGGACAUCUGGGAUGAUGCUUAACCUUCCAAAUGGUUGAAAACUAGCCUCCCCAUCUCCCCAGCGUAGCCUACCUCUCUCCCCUCUGCCACCAUGUUCCACACUUGCUCAUACAUGUCCCAGUGUCUCCAAGGAGCUUGCUGGCUCCUAAGAACCAAACUGGAGAAACCUUUCUGAAUUCUCUCAUAGUAUCACUUCUUUAACAAGAUGUAGUGUGAAGCACUUCUGCACCCUCGUCUCUUUAUCAUUAGGAAAUGUAUCCACGGCUUUCCCUCGUUGGUUGAACCCAUGGCAGCUGGUGCUACUCACGGGCUGAAGGACUGGGCAGUGCUUGCUUGGGUCCAUCCUGGAAUGUCGAGGAAGCUCCGGACUAACCCUAGCCAGAGUAUUACUCAGUUUACCCAGCUUGGGGGCCACAGAAUGGGAACACUCCCUUCUCAGAUCACAGCAGAGCAGGGCUGUGUGUCUUAGGGGCUGGAAGACUUUAGGGAGGGGCCCCAGGUGGGACACACCCAGGGGGAUCUCUCUUCUGCUGCAGGAAGAAAGAUGCCCUCUGGGAACUGUAGGCCAAGUGGCCACGGCCCCAUAUGCCAUACUCAGUGCCUUGGGCCAUAUAUCCACAAAGUUCUCUAGACUAGAUGGUCCUCAGAAGUCUCUCUGUGUAUGAAGGCAGUGUUCACCCGCUCUGAGACACUGCAAAUUUCCACUGAGCUUGAGACAGGUGGAGAGCUGGCUUAGCAACAGUCCGGAGCUUCCAGAGCUGGCUGAGAGGCUUCUGCAGUCUGGGGAAGGCAGAGGAUGUCUUUGAGCCAAGGUUUCCCAACACCAGGUUGAGACUCAGAGGUCCUCUUUGUCCACUGCUCUGCAAAGUCAGCUGAGGGGCCCAAGAGUCACUUCAUGUUCGUGGGAAGACUAGUGCUGGAGUUUUGGGACCUGGCUCUCGGAUCUACUCCUUUUGGAAAACCCAUGGAAUUUCACGUAUAAGCCUUUCAUGUGUACUAUAAAGUCGUUUGUUUGUUUGUCUGGAGUAUAUUAUAAAUGGUGCUCAAUAGCAAAGUCUUUAUCAGAUGAAGCAUUACGACUAUGUACUCCUGUCUGACAGGCAGCUGCCACAUGGGUCAUUUUGGUGCUGAACUCACAUCACAACAUUUUAUCUUACUGAUGACAGCAGGCAGUACGUUUGUUUUUCUGUAUAGUAAAAUUUGGCCCCUUGGUUUUAUAACUUAUUAAAGUCAAAAUGUCUGUGUUUUUGCA